AUGGCCGGCCCCCCGUCCUCCCGCCCGGGCUGGUUCGCCGUCCCGGCCCCCGUCCGCGAGCUCUUCAAGCUCUUCCCCCUCGCCACCCUCCCGCCCGAGGCCCUCCCCGAGCGCAGCCCCGAGGCAUCAUCAUCAUCAUCGUCAUCGUCGUCGUCGUCUCGCGACCGGCCGCGUCUGUACGUCUUUGCGAGAUCGUGGGAGGAUGCCGCCAAUGGCCGGCCGAGCUUCAAUCCCCAGUGCCUCAAGUGGCAGACAUUCCUCCGCAUUGCCGGCGUAGACGUCGACCUCGUCCCCUCCAACAACCACGCCUCUCCCUCCGGCGCCCUGCCCUUCCUCCUCCCCCCAACAACAACACCAACGGCAUCCACGUCCGAGAAGGAUUCAGAAUCAACAAAGCCUGCAGCUCCCACCAGCAACAAGACCACAACAACAACAUCAACGAUCCCUCUCACUGGCGCCAAAAUCCACCGCUACGCCCAAGACCACUCAACCGCCGACCUCUCCCCCGCCGCCCCCGCCUCCCGCACCGAAGCCUACGAAGCCCUCCUCUCCCAAAGUCUUCGUCCCGCAUGGCUCUACUCCCUCUACCUCGACCCAUCAAACACCCCCCUCCUCAAAUCCCUCUACCUGCCCCCCUCCCGCAUCCUCCACCUCCCCGCCCUCCACGCCCUCCGCGACGCCGCCACCGCCGAGAUCCUAAAGACGACGCGCUCCCCCGCCCCCGCCGGCAUCUCCCCGCCGCAGCUCCUCGCCGACGCCGCAGACGCCCUGCGCGCCCUCUCGACCCUCCUCGCCGACGACGAGUGGUUCUUUGGCCGUCCCGACCCGGGGCUCUUCGACGCCGAGGUCUUUGCUUACACGUGGCUGGUUCUGGACGAUGGGUUUGGCUGGGCGUCGGAAGCGGAAGCGGAGGGGGAGGGGGGUCAUCUGAACUACCACCACCACCACCCGCUUGGGGAGUGUCUGGCUGGGUUUGACAACUUGGUGAGCCAUAGGAGGAGGCUGUAUGAGCGGUGCUGGGCCUGA